GCUCCUGGCGGGGACGGAGCGAGCAGAUCUCGCGUGCGCUCGCUGCCCGGCGCAGCCCAAACCGGCCCCCGCCCGGCGCCGCUAGCCGAGGUGUCUCCUGCGCCCGCGCUCGUGUCGCCGCCGUGCCCGCGAGCGGGAGCCGGAGUCGCCGCCGCCCGAGCGCAGCCGAGCGCACGCCGAGCCCGUCAGCCGCCAUGGCCACCACGGUGACCUGCACCCGUUUCACCGACGAGUACCAGCUCUACGAGGAUAUUGGCAAGGGGGCUUUCUCUGUGGUCCGACGCUGCGUCAAGCUCUGCACCGGCCAUGAGUAUGCAGCCAAGAUCAUCAACACCAAGAAGCUGUCGGCCAGAGAUCACCAGAAGCUGGAGAGAGAGGCUCGGAUCUGCCGCCUUCUGAAACAUUCCAACAUUGUGCGUCUCCAUGACAGCAUCUCCGAGGAGGGCUUCCACUACCUGGUCUUCGAUCUGGUUACUGGUGGGGAGCUCUUUGAAGACAUCGUGGCCAGAGAGUACUACAGUGAGGCUGAUGCCAGUCACUGCAUCCAGCAGAUCCUGGAGGCCGUUCUCCAUUGUCACCAAAUGGGGGUCGUCCACAGAGAUCUCAAGCCGGAGAACCUGCUCCUGGCCAGCAAGUGCAAGGGUGCUGCGGUGAAGCUGGCAGACUUUGGCCUGGCUAUCGAGGUGCAGGGGGACCAGCAGGCAUGGUUUGGGUUUGCAGGCACACCAGGCUACCUGUCCCCUGAGGUUCUUCGCAAGGAGGCCUAUGGCAAGCCCGUGGACAUCUGGGCAUGUGGGGUGAUCCUGUACAUCCUGCUGGUGGGGUACCCGCCCUUCUGGGACGAGGACCAGCAUAAGCUGUAUCAGCAGAUUAAGGCUGGAGCCUAUGACUUCCCAUCCCCUGAGUGGGACACCGUCACUCCUGAAGCCAAAAACCUCAUCAACCAGAUGUUGACCAUCAACCCUGCCAAGCGCAUCACGGCCCAUGAGGCCCUGAAGCACCCGUGGGUCUGCCAACGUUCCACGGUGGCCUCCAUGAUGCACAGACAGGAGACAGUGGAGUGUCUGAAAAAAUUCAAUGCCAGGAGGAAGCUCAAGGGGGCCAUCCUCACCACCAUGCUGGCCACACGGAAUUUCUCAGUGGGCAGACAGACCACCGCUCCAGCCACAAUGUCCACCGCGGCCUCCGGCACCACCAUGGGGCUGGUGGAACAAGCCAAGAGUUUGCUCAACAAGAAAGCAGAUGGAGUCAAGCCCCAGACGAAUAGCACCAAAAACAGUGCGGCAGUCACCAGCCCCAAAGGGACGCUUCCUCCUGCCGCCCUGGAGCCUCAAACCACCGUUAUCCAUAACCCCGUGGACGGGAUUAAGGAGUCUUCUGACAGCACCAACACCACCAUAGAGGACGAAGACGCUAAAGCCCCCAGCAUCUCUGACAUCCUGAACUCGGUGAGAAGGGGCUCGGGAACCCCGGAAGCCGAGGGCCCCUUGUCAGCGGGGCCCACGCCCUGCCUGUCUCCAGCUCUCCUAGGCCCCCCGCCCACCCCGUCCCCCAGGAUCUCUGACAUCCUGAACUCGGUGAGGAGGGGCUCAGGGACCCCAGAAGCAGAGGGUCCCCCUCCAGUGGGGCCCCUGCACUGCCCAUCUCCGACUCUCCCUGGCCCCCUGCUCACCCCGUCCCGGAAGCAGGAGAUCAUCAAGACCACGGAGCAGCUCAUUGAGGCAGUCAACAACGGCGACUUUGAGGCCUACGCGAAAAUCUGCGACCCAGGCCUGACCUCAUUUGAGCCUGAAGCUCUGGGCAACCUGGUGGAAGGGAUGGACUUCCACAGGUUCUACUUCGAGAACCUGCUGGCCAAGAACAGCAAGCCAAUCCACACGACCAUCCUGAACCCUCACGUGCACGUCAUUGGCGAGGACGCGGCCUGCAUCGCCUACAUCCGGCUCACACAGUACAUUGACGGGCAGGGCCGGCCACGCACCAGCCAGUCCGAAGAGACCCGCGUGUGGCACCGCCGCGACGGCAAGUGGCAGAAUGUGCACUUCCACUGCUCGGGUGCACCCGUGGCCCCGCUGCAGUGAAGAGCUGCGGCCUGGUUUCAUGGAUGGAGUUGGCGUUUGGAGCCCGGUCGCCCUGGGGCGCACGGCCCAUCUGUCGCAUGUUUGUGUCUGCCUCGUCCCCUCCCCUGGUGCCUGUGUCUGCAGAAAAACAAGACCAGAUGUGAUUUGUUAAAAACAAGAUGACGACAACGACAACCACAAAAAAAAAUUGACAUCGGAUGAAAUGGAAAAAAAAAAAAAAAAAACUAAAGAAAGGAAAAAGCUGUAAAAAUCAUUGGCAUUUGUGGGGCCGCCCCACCCAAGCUCCACGUGUGUCCGUCUACACUCCCAGCCUCAGAGGCCCAGCUGGGGCAUGAUGGUGUCCUCCAGGCCUGUCCUGCGUGCUGGGCGGUGUUAGUUUGUAGGUAACGCACACCCCAACCUCAGGCGUCUGCAUCUUCCCGCCAACGCAUGGGCUCCAUGUGGUGUGCUCACCGUGGCUGUCGUGACAUCAGGUGUCUUGGGGAGGACUCUGGGGCUGUCGGGCUGCCUCCCCUCCUGCUAGUCGUGCCUGAGCGUUGCUGUUGUUCCUGCUUCCUCCUUCCUUCCAUCCUCGUGAAGGGCUGGGUGUAGGUUUCCCCACUCCCAAUGUCCCCGUGCACCCCGCAGAGAUGGCCUGCAGCAGAGCCCAGGCCAGCCCCUCGCCUCGGCCGGAGGAGAUGGGGGCACUGCCCCUCAGGCCGUCAGAGAAGCCCGUGGGCUCAGGCCUCCAGCUCUGGUCUUUCUGGGGGAGCAAGGUGCAGAGAGGGUCAUGCCUGGCAGGAGACGGCUGAGGACAUCGUGGCUGCAGCUCUGACACAACCACCAUGGAGGGAGACUGGCCUCCCUGCUGUUGGAGGCUCCUGUCCCUUCUCUGCUGGCCAGUGGCAGAUGUGGCAGCUCCAAACCCCGUUUUUCCCCCGCCUCCACCCGGCAGCCCUCCCCUUGGCCUGUAUGGCCUCUCCCCAUGCAGCUGGGAGCAGACUUCACAAAUGACUGUGGGCCCCAAGUCCCUAAGUCCCCACUGAAGCUGGCGGAAGUUUGCCUGCUGCUGGAGUUCAGGGAGGCAGGGGAUCGGGGCUUGGUCAGGUGACGCAGCAAGUGCCAGAGAGGGGUCAGAAGGUGGUGGCUGCCGGGCUCCUGGGCUGAGGUGGGGGUACUGGCAGGUGUUUGCUGAGGAAGAGUGCUUUGGAGUCUGGGCCUGGAGCGAGAGCUGCAGUGGAGUCUGCCCCACAGGGUCAUGGGGGUGUGGGGAGACAGGGCUGCCCGAGCUCGCCCAAGCCCACUCCCCGCCCUAGGUCUUGGCGGGGCUACGGUGUAUGAUGGUGCCUUCCAGGUGGCCUAGGGGCGCAGCUGAGGAGGGAAGGCAGGCUGGGGGCCCAGGACACCAGAGGAUGGAAGGAGGGUCCUGCGGGGACAGCGGUGCUGCCUCUAGGCGCUGGCCUCAGGCUCCCACAGUUGAGGGUGCCGUCAGGAGCCUUGACUGCAGAGGCUGGGGGCUCCCAGCCUGAGGCCUGCCCACCUUCAAUUCAUGUUGUUUUCAAUAAGGAUUUUCUUUAUCUUCCCCCAAAAAUCAAGCCAAGGGAGGGGCAGGGAGUGGAGAGCAGGACACAGGAUCCUAAACUCUGAGGGGACUGUCCACCAAUGGACACUCAGAGUGGACGCUACCUUCCGUCCACACCGUGCCCAAGACAGCUGUCCCCACCCAUGGACACAGAGUAACAUCGCCAGUCUCUGGGCCAUGGACAGCGUGCAGCCUGCGGUGGCCAUCCUGGCGUCCUGGGCCUCCUCCCGCCUCUUCUGCUCACCUUGUUAUCUCCACGGAGCUGCCUGUCUGGGAUAAUUUGGGGAUUUUUUUUCUGGGGGAUAAUUCUUUUGCAUGACCCCUCAAGAGCAAGCCACGCCCACUCUGCUAGCUAGGUGUACGCAGUGUGGUGGCGUCCGCCACCUGGCCAGCACCGCAGGGCGUCGGCUGCCCACAGUGCUGGCUGGCCUUCCCUCUUCUCUCUUUUUGCUGAGUUUCAUUGUCUUUUCUUUCUGAGCCUUGUAAGUGUACAAAAAUUAUUCUUAUUUUGUUCUGUCUCGGGAAACUGCAAAUAAAAGAAAAACAGGACAAACUGC